AUGGAUGUUUUACGACAGGAUAUCUCAGUCGGAUUUUGGAACAAACCAAGCUACCUUAUCUCUUCGGUCAUUCGUGAGCUUGCAAAGCCUCCAGGGCAAAGAGCGGAAUGGUUGAUGUGGGUGGAUGCAGAUUCGAUCAUUUUGAAUGGGCAGGUCCCCAUGGAGAUCUUCCUACCUCCGGCUGACUUGCGAGAUGUUCAUUUGGUUGUAACUAAGGAUCAGAAUGGCUUGAACACUGGGAUCAUGUUCCUACAAGUCCACCCAUGGACCGUCACCUUUCUUUCCGAGACCAUGGGAUAUCCAUUAUAUCUUCCUAAAGAGGACCUUGGUCGGUCGGCAGACCAAGAGGGCAUGAGGCGUGUGCUUAAUAAAACAACGGGUGGUCCGAAUGGCCAAGGCUACGCUGACGGUGUAGUCUAUCUUCCACGGCCAUGGAUCAACACGUAUGAGUGGAGCCACGCAUAUGAAGGCAAAAAGGGUGAUCUCCUUGUUCAUUUUCCCGGUUUGGAGGAGCAGCGAUGGCCACAUAUGGCCAAAUGGCUGGAUAUCGUUGAAAGGACCCCACAACAAUGGGAGGUUCCACUUGAAGAGACGGAUUACCCAAACAAAACUUCCACAUUCUGGAGCAAUGUGCGAGAUGCGAAGCAGAGCAUCAAAAAAGCAGAGAAUAUUCUCAACUCUGACAGCUCUGAGAAUACUGAGGAUCUUAAAGGGGCAAUGAAGGAGCUCAAGGAGGCAUUACGGGAAAAAACAGAUGAUCCAGAGAUCUUUCAGCAACAUCUCAAUAGCCUCAAGCAGCUAAUCGGGGAGAUAUAG